CAUGGUGGUGGGUGCAGGGGGACUAAGAUACGCCCCCAAAUUGUGAAGAAGCUGUACAGAGGUUUGUUGUUGCAUGUCAAAGAAAAGGAACAAAUUUGAACAAAUGUUUAUGACCUGAAUGCAUCGCUGGCUACUGCUGACGAGUUAUCCAAAGAGUUCAACACCCUGAUGAGAGAGGCCUCGUCCAGCGACGACAGCAAGUCUGGAUCGCAAGUAUGCACAAACACACAGACUACAUAUAUAUAUAUAUAUAUACGUAUAAAUAUAUAUAUGAAGAGCACUUACUUUUAAACCAUGGUGGUGGGUGCAGGGGGACUAAGAUACGCCCCCAAAUUGUGAAGAAGCUGUACAGAGGUUUGUUGUUGCAUGUCAAAGAAAAGGAACAAAUUUGAACAAAUGUUUAUAAAGAGUAAAGAAGUAAUAUUUUCUUGAUAUGAUAAUUUUUUAAGAGUUUCCUGAAACAUGGUGUUAUAUUUUAAGGUACUUAUCCAAAAAAAUAUUGGCUUAAAAUAUCAUGAAACUAGAUUUACAUUUGGACCUGGGACAAGUCCCCAAAGCGACUAAACUACAGUUAUGUUAGCAUAUGUAAUCAGUCACUUCCCACCUAAAUGGACAAUUUCAGAGUCACUAAAUACUCCAGUAGGGUUGGGUGACAUGGCUUCAAAUCAAUACCACGAUAUAUUGAUCAGUUCACCUCAAUAACGAUAAAUGGAUGAUAACUACUCCACAAGCAGCUCACCCCCCCCCACAUUAACUUCGUCUACUUCAGCCGCUCCAACUUUCUCUCCGUCCUCCAUCUCCUCACCUGUCUUUCCCUCUUUGUUACGGACUGGAUGGGCUGGAGUCACGUCUCUGACGUAGGACAGCGUCUUAAAGGGACAUGAGACCAUAACCUACCUACACACAUCCAAAAACAACUUUGAUUUUUUUUUUUUGACACUGAAUAUACGGAUAUGAACAAAAUGAAGUCGGUUAUUGUCAUAAAAAAUCUCAGGAAUCUGUAAAUUUUCGGUUUAUCACCCAGCCCUAUACUCCAGCACAGAAGUCUAGGCAUUUCUAGUAAUAUUGAUCUAUAAUAGAUAUUUUUUCUCCUCAGACCACCUCUACAUUUUCCAAACCAACGCCCCCCCAGCCCACCAUCUUCUUCUCUACCAGAGAGUCCAGCGGCAGCAGUAAUGGCAGCUCCAGCUCUCAGCCUUUCUCCCCGAGUACAUCAACUUUCCAACCAACAGACUCCGUCUUCUCCAGCAACAAAAUCAUACCACCCCCGCCUGUCUUCUCCACCAGCCCUCUCUCCUCCCCAGGUAUCCACAGACGGGCACACUCUCCGCUCCCUCGUUCCGGAUCUGACAACUUCUCCUACGGCCAGCAGAGUCCCAAACAUUCGCCUCACACCCAGAGGCGUAAUUCCCCCUCUCGUUACGACAGGAGCCCACGGGGUUCAGUGAGCUACGCUGAUAAAAGCCCAAUUCCGAGCCCCACGGCUCUGUCUUUUGAUCAGUCACCUCGCUCUUCUUCGUUCCAUCCCUCGAACCUGCUGAGCCCGUAUGACAGCGGCUCAAUGGGCCGAAGAUCGCCACGGCCGGAGAGGAGCCCCUCUCCUCUGUCUGUGAACCGUCCGGUGUCCAGCACUCUGCCUCGAGGUUACGGUGGUUUCAGGACACCUGGUGAGUAAAAAAAAAAUGAAAAUAGAAAAGAAACUGUAAGAAAAGGAGAGGAUUUUAAAAUCAACAUAGAUGCACAAGUUUCCUGCUUUCAUAUAACAAAAAAACACAGAGUCCAUCUCUUCUCCGAUGAGUUAACCUUUCUUAAAAUGUCUGAGUACACAGUUUAAUAAUCUUACAACUUUGAGACGAAGUAAAGAGACACUAUAGUUACUAAAAACACUUUUACACAAAACCCGGUCACUCUGUUAAUCUGUCGGAGAGAAUUUGAGAGUUCACAGUUUGUUGUCACAGUAGAUGUUGAAUUCUGUAUCUGUACAAAUAUAUUAUGACCGUAUAAUAGUGUAGUAUUUUUCUCUGUAUGUUCAUGCACGUCUGCCUCUGCUGAUUUCUCUCUCUCUCUCUCUCUCUCUCUCUCAGAUGAGGGUGUGCAGCGGCAAAAGAGCCCUAGCAAGUGGAAUGAAACAGAUCUGGACGUGUCCUACGAGAGGAAGCCUCACCACACCUAUGACAGUUGGUUCAUGUUUCCGUCUGUUCAGUAUUUUAUGAGGACCUGGUCUGGGACCUGUGACUGAGCUAAAACAACUCAUUAAUGACCCGUAUCUCUGUGUUUUUUACUAAAUCAAUCCCUCUUUGCUAACAGAGACAGAGUGGGUUCGGCAGUCUGUGCCAAACAGCAGCUGGAAAGAGUCCAACCUGGACGGCCCUCCCACGGCCUCAAGCCCCAAACAGGUGGGUGCUGUGACCGCAACACAGGUGGGGUUUUAUGGUUCGGGUGGAGGCUCAGUUCAGACACCUGGAUUCCCCUGAAUUUCUAGAAGAGUCACCAAAGAACAUGAUGGUAGUUACACCCCUUGAAUUGUUUCUCAAAGAUAAGAAGAGGGUGAAUCGCUUCACUGAGUUUGGGUGUGUUGUGGCACACCUAUCUGUUAAACGCUUGGACUUCAAAUCUCAAUUACAGCUAGGGCUGAGCGAUAAAACGAUAAUGAUUUAUGUCAAAAAUUAUUUUCCCUCAAUAUCAAUAUAAAACAUGGUCAAUAUGCUUUUCAUUAGUCAGCAUUCUGCCAUGUUUUGGUAGACUAUACGAAUAGCCAAUGAAAAGGGGAGUUUCUCCGGGUCCACUUUGCGCUGAACCAAUCAUGUUCUGAAUUAGAACCAAGUAUCAAACAACUGUGUUGUAGCAGACAGCAGCUACACCCAACACCCCAUGGCGCCUUUGCAGCCGAAACAGCCGACCAUCCCGCUUUCUCUAGUCUAACACAACGCCUUACGACAAAACGCCAGAGACACAAAGACCUCACAAAUGCAACAGAUUAUUGUAUUGCAAAAGACAUGUGACCAAUAGACACUGUCAAAUUUCAUUUUUAAUAUUGUGAUAUAUAUCGAUAUCGACUGAUAUGAAAAAAAUACAUCGUGAUUAACUUUUUCCCAUAUCGCCCAGUCGAAUCACAGCAUGUUCCUUUUUUUAGUUUGGAUGGAGAGACUUCAGCUCAAACUAUCAUCUAUUAAAAGUCUCUCUUUUCUUUUCCAGGACCGCCGCUCUAAACCCCUCCAGUAUGCCCACGCCUCUCUUCCCCGUAACACACGGAUAUCAGUACCUCCAGAUCAUUCGUCCCCGGUCCACUCCCCCUACCACCCUCAACCCAUCAUCUCCCGUAUCUCCAUCCCCCCGACUUCUACACAAGCCCGUCCACGCAAGCCCAUACCCCUCUCGGUCAUCUUGCGUCUUCAAAACCCUCGCUGGGGAGCCAUGGCAACCCACCACCCCAGAGUCUUGGGGGGAGAGGGUGACAUGGAUCCGUACCACCCAGCUGUGCCCAUCCCGAGGGAGUUCUUCCACCAGCCUGUGGUCCAGCCUCGUCAGCACCCUCAUGAGAUGAGACAGCCGGUCAUCUACACUGAUGGUAUUGGACACGUUCACUAAAACUCAUGAUGAUCCAGGAUCAGGAUCUGUGUGAACUUAGAUUCUGUGUGUUUCUGAUCUUUGCAGUGCUGAACCCAGGGGACAUAGACGCAGAGAUAGAGCGCCUAGACUUUGUUCAUCAUAUGCCCAGAAUUUCAGAGCAUCCCAGCAGGCCAGAGGGCAGUGCAGAGGUCAGCCAGGGUGGACCUGCGGCUCCUCGGCCCCUCAGCCCCACCAGGCUGCAGCCGGUGGUGGCCCCUGAAGCCCAGAGUCAGGUGGUCGCCGAUGUGGAAGAGCUGCUCCGUAUCCGGGCAGAGAUCCCUCGAGCUCUGAAGAGACGGGGCUCUGUGGACCAGUCCGGGCCCCUGAAGAAGGCCUCUCAUUACCAACCGAACCAGUACAAGAAUCUCAUCGACAAGCUUUUUCGCAAGAGGGAACAACGGCAGAGGGGGGAGCACGGCAGCGAGACCAGCAGCUCCUCAGAUGGGGAGGACUGCGCCAUGCCUCCUGCACCUCCACCUGCGUCUCAGGGUUCAUUUCGGAUUCCUCAAGUAAGACAUGGACCUAAAAGGACUUAAAAGUCAGUUUUAUGCACCAAAUAUGAAAGAAACUGGAUUAAAUAUCCCGUCUGUCCCCACAGAGCUACCACUCCAUCCUGAGGCGGUCCAACCGGGACCGUAAAAGCUCUGGGAGGAGGGCUCGGCUCAGCCCGCUUGUCCUGCUGCUGGAUGGAGCAUUGGUUGGAGAACUGGAGACGGUGCAGAGGGCCACACAGGAGGUGUGUGUCCAUAUGUACAAUCUAUGCUCAUAUUUCUAUACCAUCACAGGACGGUCAUCACAUUCAUUUCUGUUCCUGUAAUCCUGGCAGAUGUUUUCUGGAUUUUCUGAUUUAGCUGAUGACUCCACUGUCUCCAUGUUUUCCACAGAUGAGUGACCCGAGCCAACCCAACGAUGAAGGCAUCACUGCUCUUCACAACGCCAUCUGUGGAGGUCACUACAGCGUGGUGGAUUUUCUGAUUCGUGUUGGAGCCAACCCCAGCGCACCAGACAGCCACGGCUGGUAAAUAUUUACAGACUCUCAAACUAAAAAAAUCUCCUGCAGUCUUAAAAUAAAGUCUUAAAAUAUGAAGUUUGAAAGAGAAAUCAGGUGUCAUAUAUACUUGUGCACACAGGACUCCUCUGCAUUGUGCAGCGUCUUGUAACGACCGUCCUCUGUGUGAGUUUCUGGUGAGGAAUGGAGCGGCUGUCAUGGCGAUCACCGAGAGUGACGGGGCUUCAGCCUCCCAGAAGUGUGAUCCUUAUGCGGUCGGGUAUGAGGAGUGUGUGGGCUUCCUCAGGGGUAAGACUAUUUCACGAAUUCUUUCUCUAUGACACUGCACGGUUAUUUUAAAUCAUUUCUGAGUGUAUACGCCUCGGUUAGAUCAAACUACCUACAGUCAAAGUGAGUUUAUCUUCAGUGACAUAACACUGAUAAAAAAGGUUCUGGUAUCUCUCUCAUUGUGAUGGCAAGCUCUACACUAAAUAUAAAAUAUAUUAAUUGCAAUACUGAAGUAUCUGAUUGGUCUUUUGGCUGCGAAAGUCAAACAACACAGUAGGAUCUGCUGACACAAACGAUUUGGAAGUUAAAAAAAACAGAUUUUCUCAAGAAAUGAAAUGAAAACAAAUUCUUGGAACAGAGAUAGUCGCACCUUCACUCCCUUUGGAUAUCAGUGCUGGUUACAUCCUGUCAGCAGUCCAAGGACUCUUCAUUUAAAGAGUUUAGUCAGAAAACACAACAGCAUGAACCAAAACCAAAAAGCAGAGGUACAUUUUUUCACUUUUGCUGUUGUUUUUUGCACCUCAGGGCCACUGUAGUUAGUUUUUAACCUGCUGUAAAACCGACUGAACUUAACCUUUAUCUCUUUUUAUGACCUUAAACCACAGCGUCCACUUCUUCUGUACGGUUACUCUUGAUGUUCAAAGCUGUUAAUUACCGGUUGCAAAAACAGCCUCAGAUUCUUCUUACUGAGAUUAUUUGACUGUUUAAAAUAGAAAUAUGAUUUUUUUUUUGUUAAAGUAAAAAAUGAAACUCAGACGAGUAAAGGACAUAAUCAGCCAAAAAACAAGAUACACAUCUUUGGAUUCCUGGAAAUGUUGGUAAGAUUUUAUCAUAACACUCGUUCUUUCCUGCUGCGAUGAUGAACACCUUAAACUUGAACUUUCUGUUUCACAGAGUUCAAUAAAAAGUGUUAAAUAUAAAGCGUUUUAUACUGUAUGUGUCCCACUUUUUAAUAUUAGGUGCAGAAGAGGCCAUGGGGCUGGAGAACAGUGGGGUCUUAUACGCUCUGUGGAACUACCCAGCCCAGGCAGCUGAUGAGCUGAGCUUCAAAGAUGGAGACAUGGUCACCAUCCUGCAGAAACCUGAAGGCUCUGAUUGGUGGUGGGCUUCCCUCUGCGGCAGGGAAGGUUUCGUACCGAACAACUACUUUGGGGUAAGAUACCGAUUCACACACAUUCAUGUUCCUGAUAUUUAGAAAGUGAACUCAAUGUUUGUUUGUUGUUUUUUUUACAGCUUUUUCCAAAGACGCGGCCCAAAACUCUCUGCUAAGAGUUAUUUGAUCAUCAGGAAAAAGCCUCAAAGGCUGCGUCUGUGUGAUUCUGAAAAGGCUGUCCCGCUGUAGGACACAAGAAGAAGAAGAAGAAGAAGAAGAAGAAGAAGGACUCUCUGCGUUCAGUUUGGUCUUUUUCUCAUAAGACUUCACGUUCACUGUUACUGCUGUAGGAUGUUUUCCCGGUGCAGACGCAGCUCUGCACUCUGCUCCACAUUUCUGUCCGUAUCUGUUGAACCGAAGGUUGUAGAGGAGCCGUAUCUUACCAAUUUACAUUCUGUCUCAGUGCUGGUUAGUAAUCAGUGUGCAAACAGUGCAAACUGUAUAUGUUCAGCUUACUUAUCAGAGAGGUCAAUGUAGCUGCUGUCAACAAACUCGAGCUGUGAUCGUUGGAGAAGGGUUAAUCUUCGGUCAGACAUUCAUGACUGGAACAUCGAACGGGAGAAGAAAGGAGCCGAGAACUUUUUGUUACACAUACUAAAUAUAAAUAACUACUUUGUCAGGAAGUGUGUUUGUCAUUAGUGUUAUUUCUUUCUCUCUGUACUUUGACUUUAACUAAAAAUUCUCAUCACGGCUAACGGACCCUAACGAGUUUGACACUUUAAAAGGACUUGGCGGUAAACUUCACAUACUCGUAGCAUUUCUAGAAGAAACCGAACAGCGCCUGGAUGGUUUCUUAGUGAUUUAGGACACCGACAUGAGUUAAUGUCCCUGGUCUCUUGUGGCAGAAGAAUGAGCGUUUUGGAUACACGUGUUUUUUAUUACAGUUUUCAGUGUGUUUGCAGGACCCCCACUGUGCACUCAGCUCAGAAUCCCUCCAAACCUUCAGACGUCCAAUAAAAUCAUGAGUCUCAGCCUCA